AUGGUUCAAUUUACAACCACCUAUCGUUAUGAUUACACACUACCAGUAACUGAUCGUUAUAAAUUUCUAGAAAAAACAAAUGUGCAAGAAGAAGUUUCGAAUCCUUCUAAUUGCAAUAAGUUAACAACAAAUGAGAUCAAAUCUAGCAAUAUGCCAGAAUUAUCAAAGAAAACAAAUUUGAAAAUGGAAUGGACUGGUAUCGCCCCAAUGGGGCGUAUAAUUACACCAAAGCUUAUACCACCUGACAGUGAUGCAUAUUUAGCCCGUAGUCAACAAAAGUCUACAAUCAAAUGUAUUGAAAAUCAACCAAAUCGAUUUUUAAAAAAAUUAGAAAAAUGUUAUCCAGAUUUAUAUGAACGUCUUAAACGAAUGACUGAUAAUGAGUUAAAACGUCGUGUAAAUAAACAAAGGCUAAAAACAACCUAUCAAAUUGACUAUUGUAGGUUGCUGGAAUUUCCUGAUGGGAUUUACCAUCAAAGAGUCGUUGAAGAAACUGAAAACGAAAAGAAAAAUGUGGAUGUGAUAGAAGGCAGCUAUGAAAAAUUUGAAAAAGAUAUUCAAACUGGAUUAAAUGUGGAAAAUAAAUCUUUUGGAUUUAGAAAAAGUGACCUAGAACCAAAAAUUAGAGACGAUACAAAUUAUCGGCUGGCUGAUAUUGAAACCACAAAUAAACCUCAUAUUACAGAAUAUGUUGAUAAAAUUUGUCGUACUGGUUGUGUUGUUAUGCAAAAUAAAAUACAUGAUCAUAAAAAUUGUAGCGAUGGUCAAAAAUGUGUGCAUAACUUGAAAACAUUGUGUAAAGAUUUUAAAUAG